CUAAGUGAGAGAGAAAUAAUUAUGAGAGUUGUGUGUUUGUGUGGAGAGCGUGUGUGCCUAUAAGUGUGUGCAUGUGCCUGUGUGAGAAGGAGAACUCUUUCAUUCUAACGUGUUGAAUUACAUCAGCAAGGAGGGAGCCAGUAGAAACUUCAGCUAGGAAUUUAGGGCGAGGGAAAAGAGAACUUUUAUUGCAACUAAAAUCACCCUCGCACUCCAGCCUGCAGAGCUGGGAAAUGAAAGGAGCAACUCCAGGAUUUUACAACAAUCAGCAUCCACAUGAUCAUCAGCAAGGAGAGAGAAAAGAAAAAAACUAGUGAGAGGCUUUAGCAUAGGCGAGAGAAACAAACCCGAGAUCCCACCCCUCAAAGAGUGUGGCUAAAGAGUUUGUGGAGAAAUGUGCUGGAGUUGGAAGUACUGAGCACCCUCGGAUCUGGUGACAGGAGUGCGGGCUUGUGCUGAGUGAUCUGAUGGAUGUUUAGACCAUCACGAGAGACUACUCUGCUUUUGCCCGAAGUUUGUGGUCAUAUUUCUCGUCUUCCAAUCAAGACUUUUUUUUUUCUCCUCCAAAAAAGGCUGGGGCGAGAGUUCAGGAAUACAGUUCAGUGAGAAGCCUGUCCGCUGGGAUUGCGUCGCCCUGCUUUUGUGAGGAAUCUCCAAACUCGCACGCUGUUUCCGAGCCUACUCUUUCUGCCCGUCAGGAGUUUUAAAGUGAAAGAAAAGUUGGUUGUGUGGGGGUGGGUGGGGGAAGUUGAAGGAAUCUGGGCUGGAAUUUGUUGUGACAAUAGUUUGUGGGAUUACUUUGAGUUGCAGAAUAUAGGCAAGAGGGAGACCGGUAACUCCUCUGUGUAAUGGUCUCCUGAAGAUUGGCCGUUUAAAAAUCAAUCUCACCGGGAGUCACCAGUAUUGAAGGCUGAACCGAGUGCCUGGGUCGCUGGAAAACUUUAAACUGAUUAGAGGAAAAGAAAGCUGAACUCCGUUUCAUUGCUCGGUCUUUGAGCUCCCGUGCUCUUUCUUUCCCUCCCCUCUCCCUCUCUCUCUCUCUCCCCUACUCUUCUAUACUUCAUCCUCUGUAAUGGCCAGAUUAAGGAGCAUUUUGCCAGGGUUCGCCCUGUUGACUCUGGUAGUUGGUAGCCUUUGCAUCCACGCGUGUCCCAGCCGCUGUAUCUGCUCUGGAUCCAACGUGGAUUGUCAUCAUUUGGGAUUAAAGGCUGUUCCGAGAGGAAUACCCAAGAAUACGGAGAGACUUGACCUGGACAAGAACAACAUCACACGUGUAUCCAAGACUGAUUUUGUUGGGCUGAAGAAUCUCAGAGUUUUGCAUCUUGAAGAGAACCAGAUCAUCAUAAUUGAAAGAGGAUCCUUUCAGGAUCUGAAGCAGUUGGAAAGACUGCGACUCAACAAGAAUAAACUUCAGGUCCUUCCUGAACUGCUCUUCCAAGGCACCCCAAAGCUCUCCCGACUUGACUUGAGUGAGAAUCGGAUUCCAGCUCUUCCCAGGAAAGCUUUCCGUGGAAUCGUUGACAUCAAAAAUUUGCAGCUGGACAACAACCACAUAAGUUGUAUCGAGGAUGGAACCUUCAGAGCCUUGCGUGACUUGGAGAUCCUCACCCUCAACAAUAACAACAUCAGUCUCAUCCCCUUGACCAGUUUCAACCAUAUGCCAAAGUUGAGGACUUUGCGGCUUCACUCCAACAGUCUGAUUUGCAACUGCCCCUUGGCCUGGCUCUCUGACUGGUUACGACAACGACGUCCCAUUGGCCAGUACGCCCAGUGCACAGGUCCCGUACACUUGAGGGGGCUCUACAUCGCCGAUGUUCCAAAGAAGGAAUUUGUUUGCAGCGGUACUCAGACCCCAGAACCUCAGACAUGCAGUGCCCAUGCCACAUCAUGUCCACCGGCAUGUGUAUGCAGCAACAACAUCGUGGACUGUCGGGGGAAAGGGCUGACCGAAAUCCCAGUCAACCUUCCAGAAAACAUAGUGGAAAUACGACUGGAACAAAAUUUGAUCAAGACUGUGGGAGCCGGAGCAUUCACUCAAUAUAAAAAGCUCAAGCGGAUAGACCUGAGUAAGAACCAGAUCUCAGAAAUUGCAGCUGAUGCAUUUCAAGGCCUGCGAUCUCUGACCUCACUCGUCCUCUACGGAAACAAGAUUACUGAGCUCCCCAAGGGCCUCUUCGAUGGACUGAUAUCGAUCCAGUUGCUUCUUCUAAAUGCCAACAAGAUUAACUGUUUGAGAGUGAAUACCUUCCAGGACUUGCAGAACCUCAAUCUCCUUUCACUCUAUGACAACAAGCUACAGACGAUUGCCAAAGGACUAUUUACACCUCUCCGAUCCAUUCAGACACUCCAUUUGGCUCAGAACCCAUUUGUCUGUGACUGCCAUCUGAGGUGGUUGAGUGACUAUCUCCACAACAACCCGAUCGAAACCAGCGGUGCCCGCUGUAGCAACCCUCGGCGCCUGGCCAACAAGCGCAUCAACCAGAUCAAGGGGAAGAAGUUCCGCUGCUCAGGCUCAGAGGACUACCGAACUAAGCUAAGCAGCGACUGCUUCAUGGACCUGGUUUGCCCUGAGAAAUGCCGUUGUGAAGGCACUGUUGUGGACUGCUCCAAUCAGAAGCUCUCCAGAAUUCCCAGUCAUCUCCCAGAGUACACCACCGAACUGCGAUUGAAUGACAAUGAAAUGAUCCUCCUGGAAGCAACAGGCAUCUUCAAGAAACUCCCCAAUCUCCGUAAAAUAAACCUGAGUAACAAUAAGAUCCGAGAUAUUCGAGAGGGAGCAUUUGAAGGGGCAUCAGGGGUUUUGGAAUUGUUGCUGACUGGAAAUGAACUGGAAAUGGUCCACAACCGAAUGUUUUCUGGUCUCUCUGGGCUCAAGACACUGAUGCUACGGAACAACAGGAUCAACUGUGUCAAUAACGACACCUUUACCGGACUUACCUCAGUUCGUCUGCUGUCACUCUAUGACAACCGAGUCACCACCAUAACUCCUGGAGCAUUCAACACCCUCCAUUCCCUCUCAACCAUAAACCUACUAGCCAAUCCUUUCAACUGUAACUGUCACUUGGCCUGGUUGGGAAGGUGGUUGAGGAAGAGAAGGAUCGUCAGUGGAAACCCACGUUGCCAGAAACCAUUCUUCUUGAAGGAGAUCCCGAUUCAGGAUGUGGCUGUACAGGAUUUCACCUGUGAUGCUGACAACAACGAGAGCAGCUGCCUGCCAGACCCUCGAUGUCCUGAACUAUGCAACUGUGUUGACACAGUGGUGCGGUGCAGUAAUCGAGGCUUCCGCACCUUACCAAAAGGCAUUCCCAAGGACGCAACUGAGAUAUACUUGGAAGGGAAUCAACUGACCACAUUUCCCAGCGAGCUCUCUAAUUUCAAGCAGUUAUCACUCUUAGAUUUGAGCAACAACAGUAUCAGUAUCCUUAGUAAUUCCAGCUUCAGCAACAUGUCACACCUCUCAACACUGAUCUUGAGCUACAACCGGCUGAGGUGCAUUCCAGUCCAUGCUUUUGAUGGUCUGAAGUCUUUAAGAUUGUUGACUUUACAUGGUAACGAUAUAUCUACCAUUCCCAAUGGAGCUUUCAGUGGUCUCUCGUCGCUCUCUCAUCUAGCACUUGGGGCCAAUCCUCUGUACUGUGAUUGCAACCUCCGCUGGUUGUCUGAAUGGGUGAAGACAGGCUACAAGGAGCCAGGUAUUGCCCGCUGCACAGGACCUGAGAACAUGAAUGAGAAACUUCUCUUAACAACACCCACAAACAAGUUCCACUGCAAAGACCCACUGAACAUCGCAAUAAAGGCCAAAUGCAAUCCUUGCCUGUCCAGCCCUUGCAAAAACAAUGGAACCUGUAACAAUGACCCUGUUGAGUUCUACAGAUGUACCUGUCCCUAUGGGUUUAAGGGCCAGGAUUGUGCAUUCCCCAUCAACGCCUGCAUCAACAGCCAGUGCCAAAACGGAGGAACCUGCCGCUUAAUUGAGGGAGACAAACGUGGAUUCAGGUGCCUCUGCCCGCCAGGCUUCGAGGGACAGCUGUGCGAAGUGAAUCCUGACGACUGUGACGAUAAUGACUGUGAAAAUAACUCCACAUGCAUCGAUGGAAUCAAUAACUAUGCCUGCCUUUGCCCACCCAAUUACACAGGUGAGCUUUGUGAAGAGGUUGUGGAUUACUGUGUUGCAGAGUUCAACACCUGUCAGCAUGGCUCCAAAUGUAUCUCCAAGGACAGGAAGUACAGGUGUGAGUGUUUGCCAGGUUACACCGGCCAAAAUUGCCAAACUGAUUAUAACGACUGUGUGGAAAAUGAGUGUCGUCAUGGUGCACAGUGUGUUGAUGCCGUUAAUGGCUACACCUGUGUCUGUCCAACUGGUUUCAGUGGUCUGCUUUGUGAGAUCCACCCUCCUAAGGUCCAGUCCCGGACCAGUCUCUGUGACAACUACGAGUGCCAGAAUGGAGCUCAAUGCAUCGAGGUACAGAAUGAGCCUGUCUGCAGGUGCUUAGCAGGCUUCGCAGGGCAGAGGUGCGAGAAGCUUAUCACCGUCAACUUUAUCGGCAAAGACUCUUAUGUGAUGUUGUCAGCUUCCCAGGUCCGCCCGCAAGCAAACAUCUCACUUCAGGUUGCAACUGACAAGGACAACGGUCUUUUACUCUACAAAGGUGACAACGAUCCUCUGGCUCUGGAACUGUAUCAGGGACAUGUUCGACUCAUAUACGAUGCAUCCAGUUAUCCACCCACCACUGUGUACAGUGUGGAGACGAUCAAUGAUGGGCAGUACCACACUGUCGAGCUGAUGAUGAUGAACCAAUCUCUCAGUCUGGUGGUGGACAAAGGUACUCCCAGGAGUCUGGGCAAACUCCAGAAGCAGCCGACUCUGAGCCAGAACUCCCCCCUCUACAUUGGAGGAUUCCCUCCGGUGUCAGGGGUGGCAGGACUCCGCCAGGGUCCAGAACGCAACCUCAACGGCUUCCAUGGCUGCAUUCACGAUGUACGGAUCAACAACGAGCUGCAGGACUUCAGGAGCGUGCUGCAGAUGCCCCUGGGCGUCUCCCCAGGGUGCCGCUCCUGCAACAUUUGCAGGCACGGCGUGUGCCACUCCAUCGAUCAGUCCAGCGUCACCUGCGACUGCCACGCCGGAUGGACGGGACCUCUGUGUGACCAGGAGAUCCGGGAUGUCUGCGCCAGCAACAAGUGUGUUCACGGCACGUGCAUCACGUCCGAUUCCACCAUCCGCUGUGUGUGCAAGGACGGCUAUGUCGGCAGGUUCUGUGACAAGGACCAGCUGACGGUCAAUUGCCAGAAUCUGAAGUGUGGCCACGGUCGUUGUAAGAUUUCUGGGCAGGGAGAGCCGUACUGUGAGUGUGAUACCAACUUCACAGGAGAAACUUGUGAAAUAGAGCUCCUUUGUCAAAAGGAAAUGAUCCGAGAUGUCUACCGCAAACAGCAAGGAUACGCUUCAUGCCAGACCACAGUCAAAGUUCCCCGGCUCGAAUGCAAAGGGAGCUGUGGUAAUGGUGAGUGCUGUGUGCCGCUACGUAGCAAGAGACGGAAAUAUGUCUUCCAAUGCACAGAUGGCUCCUCUUUCGUGGAAGAUGUGGAGCGGGUGGUUGACUGUGGCUGUGGGAAUUGUUCCUUGUAGGGACCCAAAACAAGAGAAGAAGGAUUAAGAGCAGCAAGCGCCUGCAACAAGAGCUGGACCAUUAACUCUCAGUGGACCAAAAGAAAUGGAAAUAUAUUGUAAGAUAACAAAUAGAACCUAUUUUUAUUAUUAAAAAAGGACUAUUUUCUUCAGUUAUUACUAAAUAUAUCACAUCACCUGGGUAUAUGUAUCAUACAGUGUUCCCUGAGCAAGAUUUUUUUCUUAACCAUGUUAUUAACCUAACCAAGGAAUUCAGAGAACGCUUCAUCCUUUGGUUGUUGUAAAGAUGUUUCAAGGGCUGCCUUCCCUCUGUCAAAGUUUGCCCUGCCUUUUUGUCAUUGGAGGUAUGAACUUUUGAAAAAGUUGAAACAUCGGCAACACCUAAAAUGUCAAGGGGAACAUCACCAAACACCAGUUGGCUUUUGGUUUCAUUGUAAACUCUGUUCCCACCUCUGGUUUCCAUGCUAAGGAUCAAAUGCCUCCUAAAGCACUGCUAACAACAGUGGAGAGAGCACAGCAGGUACACUUAAGGAGAGCACAGUGUAACAAGCACACUACAAUUAAACAUAAUAUUAUGAAGUGUCUGCAGGAUCCUAAUAAUGUAUCUAUAACUUUGACAAUAGUUUUGAAUGUAUUGCAUAUUCCCAAUGAUACACCAAUAACAUUGGCUCAAUAUAAAAUAUAGGGCAGGUAUCUAAUUCUGCAAUAGAAAACAAUCUAAAGCAUCCUGUAGCAUCCAAUAUUGGACACCAUUGAUGGAAUGUUACUAUUGGCAAAAGGUUGUGCAUUAUUUAGUACUGUUGUAAGCAGUAACAUGCUUUGUCUCACAACAGAGUUUAGGUUUGACAUUUCAACCAAACCAUUAAAUCAGGAACACAGCCACAAAUGAGACCACAUUUGCACCUCAAAUGGUUUGCUGGUUACAAAAUGCACACUUCUAUAUUAGGCUAUGGCUAUGACACUCUGCAGACUUGAGCACCAACAGAGAAAUAUUUUCUGUUUCUCCCAAGACCAUUUAAUCAUCAUCUUUUCACCUCUGACAUGCAUGACAGAAUGUCUAGACUUAAGGCCCCUCAGCAGAUGGAAAUUCCCUUUACCCAUGAGACUGUAUUAGAUCAUUAGAUCACCCCUUUUAGGGAACACAUGAAAAUUAAUUCUAAUAACCAUUACACACACACCAGAGAGGGAAAUUAUACAUUAUCUGCACCAAAAUUGGAUUUGGCUACUUCUACAUAAUGCACAAGCAAUGUAGACUUGUGAUGUCUGAGAUAUUUAUUGAUCAUCUGUCCAAAAUUGCCUCCCCCAAGUCUGGUAUCCAAAAUAUCUCCCACGUGCCAACCCCUCUUCCAAAUAUCUUCUCUUGAGAAUCUGACUUUGAUAUUUAAGUUCUCAGAUGAGGACGAUUUAUUGCACAUCGAGUUAAAUUCAGCUCUCUGAGGCAAUGAUUUAGAAAAUGCCGAGCGUAAUUUUAAGUAGAGAGGUACACCAUGGGAUGAACAUUGAUUAUUGUGAUUUAAUGCAUGUGGACAGGAAAUGAUGGAUGAUAAACAGGUGUUGAAUUUUAUCUAGGAAUUUGUUAAGAAAAUAAAUGAUCAAUUAGGCACAAGAAAGAGGGCUGAAUAGGGAGAAAUUCCAUUCUAUCCUCCCCCAAGUGUUUUGUCCCCUACAGGAUUUUUCUUGUGCCUAGCUAUCGUUUUACCAUUGAUAAUUCCAUAAACAGCCAAAAGGGAAAUCAUUUCUCUUGAGCUCUGUGCCAAUUUAGAGAAGUUGGCACAUUGUGCACACUUCAACCACUAUUGCUUAGAGUGCCACCUGACACAGGCCAAGUGAAGCUUUGGAUUUCUCCAUGUCAUUUCGUACAUAUGACAAAAACACGGAGGGCCAAGGAAAACUAAACAGUCUUUUCUGAAUUAAUUCAGUGCCUUACAUUUAAGUGAUGAUUGCAGUAUUCCCACCUAAGUGCUAAACAGUUUCCUCAUUUUUGCUGGAUUGAACCAAGUGCCUUAAGUCAGCCUCUUGCCUUACAUAUUAACCCAAGGGCCUUGCGCUCUAUUUAAAGCUUCCCCGAGGAUCUGGAUGCCUUGAACAUUAAGCGCAGCAUGGUGGUGCAGCAGUAGAGUUACUGCCUUACAGCGCCAGAGACCCAGUUUCGAUACUGACGAUGGGUGCUGUCUGUACGGAGUUUGUUCGUUCUCCCCAUGACCGCAUGGGUUUUCCUCGAGUGCUCCAGUUUCCUCCCGCAUUCCAAACACGCACAGGUUUGUAGGUUAAUUGCCUUCAUUAAAUAUUGUAAAUUGUCCCUAGCGUGUAGAAUAGUGUUACUGUAUGGGGAUCGCUGGUCGGCAUAGACUUGGUGGGCUGAAGGUCCUGUUUCCACGCUGUAUCUCUAAACAAAAUGAAUCGAAAGUCCUUGGUCAACCUAGUGCAUAUAAUAGCCCAAGGGCCUUCUGGUUCCCCCAAUGUUUCAUACAUGAACCUAUGGCCUUUACAAGUACCUCAUCUAAUAACCCGAGGGGUUUACAGUCAACCCAAUGCCUUAUACAUUAAAUUGAGAGUCUUACAGUCAAAUGAAUGUUAUGUACAUAAACAUCAGUACCUUAAUACAAUAAAGAAACACCUGGACUGUUCAAGAAGGAGGUUGUACUAUAUACUCUCAUACUGCUCUGUAUACUACUUGUGCACCACUGCAGGGGACAAACAACAACAUACCCACGCUCAGUGAACUCAAUACCUUGUGCAUUAAACUGAUCCACUAUUGGCAGAGUGCCGUGGUCUAAAAGUUCUACGGUGCAUGAUAAAUGUGCGCGAUUACAUCACUUCUGUAAGCAGUAAAUAUUGCCUUGAGUCUCGGAAACCAAAGGGAGUUGAGAUGGGUUUUGAUUCAUUUUUUAAAUAGCAGACAAACAUCAAAGUGCUUGUAGGCUUUGUGAAGAAUAGUGUCCAUUCUAAGCCUUCAUGGAUGUCUGGUUACAACAUGGUAAGAAAACAUGAACAACUAUAUUUCAUGGAAAACAAUGUUUCCAUUUUCCUUACUGCUUUGCCUGCAGUAUAUCCAUGUGUAGCCUGGACUGCAGAGUUGCUGCAGAGGGUUUGUGUGGAAACCCUGACUCUGAUUUUCUCUGUAUGACAAUGUAUUCAAGGAAAUAAGCCUCAGUUUACAAAUUACAGGUGCUUAACCUUUUAUUCUUUGUUUUACAAAAAUAUGUACAUUUUUAUGUUAUAUAUUUUGUGAAAUGCUACUAUGUCUUGUACAAAAAAAAUUAAAGUGUUUGCACCAAGAAA